AUGGAUGAAUUAUUGCCGGCGAAUGGAACGCAGAUUGUCGCAGACGAAGACGCCGACUCUGCCCUGGAAAUGCCACUGAGCGAGUCUCUGGCAUCGCUGAGAUCAAGCAUCUUUGCAUAUCAGGAGGAGAACGGCCGGACAUAUCAUGCCAUGAGUGCAGGCAACUUGCAGCAUCAUGCCAUGACCCUGACCAUCGAGGGCAGACAUUGCCUGUGUCCCAAAAAUGAUGGUGCCGCCAGAGUUCUCGACCUUGGUACGGGCACCGGUAUCUGGGCGAUAGAGUACGCCGACGCUCAUCCUGAGGCGGAGGUAAUCGGUGUUGAUCUCAACCCGGGGCAACCAACCUUCGUACCACCAAAUUGUUCUUUCGAGAUAGACGAUCUCGAGAAGGAGUGGACGUGGUCUAAGACGUUCGACUUUAUCUUUUGCCGGAUGACAAUGGGGAGUUUCGCUGAUAAUUUCAACAUCGUGGAGAAUGCCUUCAACCAACUCCAACCCGGUGGCUACUUCGAAGCCCAGGACAUUGGCCACUUACGUUGUGAUGACGGCACUCUCUCCGAAACCUCCGACCUAUUGAGGUGGAUGGCUCUUAUACAGGAGGGCCUGGAGAAAUUGGGGCGGUCUACUACCGCUGCGGAAGAGCGCAAGUCGACUAUGGAAGCCGUGGGCUUCGAAGGCGUAGUUGAGACAGUGUAUAAGUGGCCAACGAAUCAAUGGCCGCGCGACAAGAAGUAUAAAGACCUAGGUAAGUGGAGCCUGAUUAAUACUGACUAUGCGCUGGAGGCGGCGGCACUGGCGCCCCUAACGCGCGGACUGGGCUGGUCGAGGGAGGAGGUGCUGGCGCUGGUGGCUAAGGCGAGGAAAGCACUGAGAGAUACGACUGUGCAUGCUUAUUGGCCAGUAUAUGUAGUUUAUGGCCGCAAGCCGGUCCGGUCAUCGGAUCCGACGGCCGUGUCACCGUCGACAUCUCUAUCAGCGGAGGGAUGA